AUGAAUCUUUCAUCUCUUCCUUCUCUCUUCCGCUCCUCAAUCACAACACUCCUCCACUACAGCCGUCAAAAAGACCUCCGACACGGCAAAGCUGUCCACGCCCACAUCACCAAAACCGGGUCCUCUUCUUCCCUCCACGUCUCCAACACCCUCGUCAGCUUCUACCUCAAAUGCGGAGACUUCCCCACCGCACAUCUCAUCUUCGAGGCCACGCCCAACAAGGACGUUGUCUCAUUCAACAACCUCAUCAAUGCCUGCUCUCAUCACCACCAACACUCUUCUCUUGUGAUGCGCCUCUUUCGACGAAUGAGGGCGGAAAACACCUCCCCCAACUCCCACACUUUCGCCGGAGUCUUCACCGCUGCCUCGUCUGAAGCGUCUGAUGUUUUAGGUGGACGGCAUGUGCAUGCUGUUGUGAUCAAAGAUGUGAGAUCUUUCGACGUCUUUGUUGGGAGUUGUUUGGUUAACAUGUACUGUAAAAUGGGGCUUGUGGGUGAUGCACGUAAGGUGUUUGAUAGAAUGUCUGAGAGGAAUUCCGUUUCGUGGGCUACUAUGAUUUCGGGGUACGCAAUGCAGCGCAUGGCUGGCGAGGCGGUGGAGGUUUUCAGGUUGAUGAGGAGGAGUGAGGAGAAUGAGGGGGAGAAUGAGUUUGUUUUGACUAGUGUUGUGAGUGCGUUGGCUGUUCGUGAGUUUGUUGAUACGGGGAAGCAGAUUCAUUGUGUUGCGGUGAAAAAUGGGCUGAUGAGUUUUGUGUCUGUUGGGAAUGCGCUUGUUACAAUGUAUGGGAAAUGUGGGAGUUUGGAUGAUGCGCUUAGGACUUUUGAGCUGUCUGGUGAUAAGAAUUCGAUCACUUGGUCUGCUAUGAUAUGUGGUUUUGGGCAGAGUGGGGACUCCCAUAAGGCUUUGGACUUGUUUAGAGACAUGCAUUUUUCUGGGAUAAUGCCGAGCCAGUAUACGUUUGUUGGGGUCAUCAAUGCUUGUGGUGACAUUGGUGCUCUUAGAGAAGGACAACAAGUGCAUAGUUUUUUGUUGAAGAUGGGAUUUGAAGGGCAGGUAUACAUAAUGUCUGCUUUGGUUGACAUGUAUGCAAAAUGUGGUAGAGUUGCUGAUGCUCGUAAUGGGUUUGAGUAUAUAAAAGAACCCGAUGUUGUUCUAUGGACUUCUAUGAUUGGAGGGUAUGUACAAAACGGGGAGUAUGAAGCUGCUUUGGGUUUGUAUUGCAGAAUGCAUAAGGAGGGAAUCAUGCCUAAUAAACUUACCAUGGCCAGUGUUUUGAAAGCAUGCUCGAACCUGAGUUCUUUUGAACAAGGAAAGCAAAUUCAUGCCCGUACAAUCAAGUAUGGAUUCAGUCUUGAAGUUCCAAUUGGAAGUGCUCUUUCCACCAUGUAUGCAAAGUGUGGGAAUUUAGAAGAUGGGAAUCUUGUAUUUAGGAGGAUGCCAGUGAGGGAUGUAGUCGCUUGGAAUGGAAUAAUCUCUGGCCUUUCUCAAAAUGGGCGAGGGACAGAGGCCUUAGAUCUCUUUGAGGAGAUGCGAUUGGGGGAAACGAAGCCAGAUUACGUUACAUUUGUGAAUGUGCUCUCCGCUUGCAGCCAUAUGGGAUUCGUUGAGAGAGGAUGGAUUUAUUUCAAGAUGAUGUAUGAUGAAUUUGGCAUAGCCCCAAGAGUGGAGCAUUAUGCUUGCAUGGUUGAUGUUCUGAGCCGCGCUGGGAGGUUAGAUGAAGCCAAACACUUUAUAGAGUCAGCAACUAUUGAUCAUGGGAUUUAUUUAUGGCGUAUUUUAUUAAGUGCUUGUCGUAACUAUCGGAAUUAUGAAUUGGGAGCUUAUGCCGGAGAGAAGCUUAUUGAGUUAGGAACAUCGGAAUCAUCUACAUAUGUGUUGUUGGCAAGCAUAUAUACUUCUUUGGGCAGGCGGGAAGAUGUAGAGCAGGUAAGGAGGAUGAUGAAUCUUCGUGGGGUGAGUAAGGAGCCUGGGUGCAGCUGGAUUGAGUUGAAGAGUCAGGUUCAUGUGUUUGUUGUUCAUGAUGAGAUGCAUCCACAUAUUGAAAACAUAUAUGCUGAGAUCCGAAGGUUAAUAAAGCAUAUGAAGGAUGAAGGUUACCAACCUUCUAGUAUCACCUUUUGA